UACCGACAGUAACCGAAACGCGGAACUAAAAAUAAAAUUUACAUUUCCACACUCACAAGAAAUGUUUAGCCCCGAUGGCCUGAUAGCACUUUGGCGUUUCGUCCUCACCGCGCUACCAAGUGCCACAAUCAUAAUAAUGCUUAUCGAAGGCAUAAAUAUCUACCGACCUGACAUAGUGGACGAAGAUAAUCGUGUGAUUGCAACAAAUGUGUUGAACCUACGUGACUCGUAUGAUUUUGUGAUUGUCGGUGGCGGGUCGGCUGGUUGUGUGCUAGCGUCCCGCCUCUCCGAAGUGCAUAAUUGGAGUGUGUUGUUGCUGGAGGCGGGCGGUGAUGAGCCUAUGCUGUCAGAGUUACCUAUGUUAUAUCCGGUAUUUCAGCGCAGUCCUUUCGAUUGGGGUUAUCGCACCGAACCCUCCGAUCGCUACUGUCUCGCCAUGCAAGAGCAGCGCUGCUAUUGGCCGCGUGCCAAGGUCCUGGGCGGUUGUAGCACAAUAAACGCCAUGAUGCAUGUGCGCGGUAAUAGACGCGAUUACGAUCACUGGGCGGAGUUGGGCAAUGUUGGUUGGAAUUAUGAUAGCAUACUACAUUAUUUCCGCAAGUUGGAAGAUAUGCGCGUGCCGGGCUUUGAGAAUGAUCGCCUUCAUCAUGGAUACGGUGGUCCGGUUACAAUUGAAAAUUAUAGGUUUCCGUCGCCGUUGCAGGAUGUCUUUAUGGAGGCCGCGCAUGAGCUAAACUUGCUCAAUCCAUACAACGACUUCAAUGGACCCAGUCAAAUGGGCUUUGCUGUGCCGCAUGGCACACUGCGCGACGGUUUGCGGUGUAGUGAGAACAAAGCUUACUUACGACCAGUAUGGAAACGCCGUAACCUCGACGUUGUGCUGCGUGCUACCGUCACACAUAUCGACAUUGAACGGGAAAGUAAAGUGGCGCGUGGUGUGCAUUUCGAGCAUGCAGGCUUCUACUUUAAAGUUAGCGCGAAUCGGGAGGUCAUACUCUCUGCCGGCGCUAUAGCAAGCCCACAAUUGCUGAUGGUUUCAGGUAUCGGACCUGCUCGUCAACUGUCGCAACAUAAAAUACACAUUAUACAAGACUUGCCUGGUGUGGGCAGCAACCUGCAGGAUCACAUAUCUACCACAGGUGCACAAUAUCGCAUUGAUAACAACGUAACGGGACAUCGGCUUUCAUUCAUUGUGCCAGAGAUGCUGAAUGUACGUUCAGUGGAUUCCUUUCUCCAAAAGGCAGACGGUUUCUUCUACGCGAUGCCAAUGAGCGAGGUCAUGGGGUUUGUAAACACCAAAUACCAGGACCCCAAACUGGACUGGCCCGACGUGCAAAUCUUUAUGGGCAGUUAUGGUUAUGGCGCUGAUGGUGGUUUAAUUGGUAGACGUGGUGGCGCCAUAUCAUUCGCCAACUACGAACAAAUCUUCGAGCAUUUGAUCUACAGCGACGCCUUCACGUUAACAGUGUUACUGAUGCGUCCCAAAAGCCGCGGCCGUCUCGAGCUGCUAUCCAGUGAUCCACGCGUUCAUCCGCGCAUAUACGCAAACUACUUCGACGAUCCACUGGAUAUGGCGGUUAUUAUUGAGGGGGUCAAGUUUGCACAUCGUCUAACACAAACGGCCAUCAUGCGGCAUCUGAAUGCAACUCUGAAUAUAUUCGAGUGGCGCAAUUGCCCAGAGGUAGAGUAUCUGAGCGAUGCUUUUUGGGAGUGCGUAAGCCGCUAUUACUCACAGACGAUUUACCAUCCAGUGGGCACAUGUAAAAUGGGCGUACACAACGAUCCCAUGGCGGUGGUGGAUCCGCGUUUGCGCGUUUAUGGCGUACGCGGCGUGCGUGUCAUCGACGCCAGCGUGAUGCCGACAAUAACAACUGGUAAUACGAAUACGCCGACAGUAAUGAUAGCUGAGAAGGGAGCGGAUAUGAUUAAAGAGGACUGGUUGCGACGUGGCGGGGGACAAUAAAUUGUGGUAUGAAAUGUGUAAUAUAUUAUAUUACCGUUAAAUGUAAGUAAUCCAUUAAGACCUUUCAGCUUAUUUAUUUGCUAGAAUAUAUAAUAAAUCAAAUUGUUAAAAAAAGUGAA